GACAAAGAACAUAUAAACCCUCAGCUGAUUAGCCUGGAAAUAGGACAUCUGUCGAUCAGAACUUCCUCUCACUUCACCGAUAUGGCAUUCUACGACUUCAAGCCUCUGGACAAAAGAGGUAGAGAAUUCGAUCUCUCCAAAUACCGAAACAAGGUUGUCAUCGUCGUCAACACGGCAUCCAAAUGUACUUUCACAUCUCAAUUUGCAGAGCUCGAGACUCUCUACAGAGAUCUUAAGGCGAAACACUCGGACGACAUAGAGUUCAUUGCUUUCCCCUGUGAUCAAUUCGGACAUGGGGACCCAGAAGCAAAUGAGAAUAUUCAGACUUUCUGCGCAGUCAACUAUGGGGUCAGCUUCCCUGUCCUGGGUAAGACGGACGUGAACGGCGAGAAAGCGGCACCACUGUAUCAGUGGAUGAAGAACGAGAUGCCUGGGCUCAUGGGAAUCCGCCGUGUGAAAUGGAACUUCGAAAAGUUUGUGAUCGAUCGCAACGGGAAAGUGGUUCGGAGAUACGCCAGCACUUCGAAGCCGGAGUCAUUGAAGCCUGUGAUUUUGAAGGCACUUCAAGACUAG